AAAGAAGGGCCUGUUGGAAGCACGACACGUUAAUAAAACAGACAAUCACCGAAAGCAGCGGAUGGAUAUGCGAAGAGCAAAACCCUUCAUGAGUCUCGCCCUGGCCUGACGUCAUCUGACGAUCGUGUAUUGUUUUUAUCACCCCCCGUGCAGCCCUCACAAGUGGAAACGAGGUUCAGGUUCGAGAGCUGUAACCUUCUCUUGGUGUGUUUAGACCCGGUUGCCCCUGGCGACGACGACCGCAUUACACCCGACACCCCGCGCCCAUUGAUUCCAAACAGGAUUGAUUUACACCUGUAUUGUGUAUCUACCUGUCCACACCUCAGCCGAGUCGGUCAAGCCUGGCGACGAGCGGCUGUUCUUGGCGAUAUUUCGACGUACGAGACGCCCUUGACGUCGUCUGCUGCGUCAGAAGAUCGUUCCGAGAACGUGCCGGUGUCGGAGGGAGCGUGACUACCAGCUGACCGGGACCACCCGAGCGUACGCGAGUGUCAACAGGUGGCAGAGGUUUACGGAAAUCGCAUCGCUACGCGUGCCACUUUUCACGCUUGUGAGAACGCGAAAUCGCACGGGAGGGGAGCAGAAACGACACAGGCGUAACCAACUAGGCAAGCGGAUUUUCGGUGGUGACUUCGCUGCGCAAACCAACGUCACUAUCAAAGGAAGCAGACAGCAAGGUUUCCUGUCAUAGCAGAGAGGAUUACAGAUUGGUGAAGCUCAGUCAGGAAAGGAGAAUGUUAUAACAGAAGUCGGGGUGGUGUCAGUCUUCCAAACACAGUGACUGUGGCGGCGAGAAGUACGAGUGAAACGUAAGGAAGCUGUAACUUCGUAUUUUUUUUACGAUUCCUAUAAGAGUCAUCUUAAAGAAGGGCAGAAAAUCCAUCGCCAUACAAGUGGAAACGACGGGGUCAGUCUUGGCUUGUCAAGAUGUAAAUUCAGAGACUGUUAUGAGUCGCUAACUGUCUCCUUGACAGUACAACAGAUUAAAGUAGUGAUAAGAACGAAUCCCGUCCAUAGUAACUGCAGUGCUGCAGGUGUUCUUCAAGUGUAGAAACGUGCCACGAGAGUUAAGUCAAGCAGGAUCGUUUGCCGGUCAAUUGCCUUGUUUUAAAACAUCGCCCUGGAGCGCCCAGGAACAACGUGAGCGUAACAGGGCUACAGUCGAGUGUUUGUGAUCAUCAAGGAGAGACAACAAUGGGGUGCGGAUCGUCCAAAAGUGCGGCUGUCGUGACAGAUAGCCGUCGCGAAAAUCUACCUGACAGGGAGGACACGCAAUCUCGGAACAAGCAGCAGCAAAGUGCAUCAGAAGAAAGACUUCCUCACAGAACAACGGAACAAGAAAAGAAUCUGCGGAACUUGCCCGACUCAACAGUGUCGUUAGAUCACAGAGACCCUGGCGAGGUGGACGAUUAUAGGAACUCUAGAGACAGGAGUGUGAAAUCUGCCGAUCAGAUCAGCAUCGCAGGCUCUCAGGACAGCGGGAUAGAGACGUCCAACGAACGGCCGACCAAGGGCUCUCAUUCCGAACUGCCGGAUUUAGACGUCCUCAGGACAGUACCCAAAGCGGUGGCGUUCGACGUUCCCCUGGCCAACACCAGUGAAGGGAGCAUCAUCAGGAGACACCCGCCCAGGAGACUACAGGUCAGAGACUAG